GUAUUGUCUCUGCUUUCCUGUACAUUCUUCAUUCCGGCCUUGCUGCUAUGGCCCCGGCUCAGCAGGGACCGUGGCUAGUACUCCUCGAUCGGCUGGCCGUGCAUCUCGAGGCGCACAAGUCCGACACAUCUGGCGGAGAGGAUCGCAAGGCCAGGAACAAGAAGCUCGUCAGGAUUCUCGAGGACGUCUGCACCGUCGUUCGGGACGCGGAAAGGAAGGUUGCCCCGGAGUUCGCGGAAGUCGUCGAGAACGCCCACGGUGUGCUUAAUGACGCUUUACGUUACGCGUAUAGUCAGGACGGCGGCUUCUCGAACACCAUUUCUUUCGCACACUCCGAGGAUGAGCCUUUAGUGGAGGAUGCCCUGGAACACGCAGGCUCCGACAUCCUCGAUGCUUUCUUCAAGGUGUAUACCUCGCUAUUGAAACCCGGAGCUCCGACGCCGAAGCUGCCAGCCUUCGUCCGCAUCCGCCCAUGGACGAAGUCACCCCGGCCUCACCCACUGUCAACGCGUUUGUCCCGCUUCCGCGGUGGGUUUGCUCCCUCAGCAACCCCAAAUACACCGCUGGCCCAUAGCAUAUACCAGGCCCGUGCCCAGCUCACAGUCGACAGCACCAUACCCUCAGUUCCUUUCGACAUGUCGUUGUCUUCCGGUGGCAACAUCCUCGCAACAGCUAGUGGGAGCGGGUGGAAAGCGCGUGAGCCGGCGCUGCACUACUACCUCCUCGGCCACCAAUCGUCGGACUUUCUCGAGGGCGUGACGAUGGACCCCGGUCUGUCUGACGUCGCAAAUUACAUCGCGACAGAUGAAUCGCGCAAGCUGGUGUUCCUCGCUGACGACCACCGCGUCAAGUCAUUCUCGUUCGCUCCAGCCGCGUCGGGCAAGGUUCCGAAACGCCUGCCGAACGUGCACACUAUGAACAGCCAGUGUGACUGCGACGGGCCGCUCGCGCUUCUCCCCAACGGUCGCCUUGCGCGCGCUGGGAGAGGCAAGGUCGCGAUUUGGACCCUAGACGCCCUUGAAACACACCAGGACUCUCCAGGGAAGCUCAUCGGUGAAGGCACGCUCAGACUGGACGGCAGCUCGCGCGGAGACACCAGCGAGAUUGAGAGAUCUACCGGGAGUCCCCCAAGCAGCAUCGUCUCUCUCGCCUCCGAUCCUGCGUACUUCCCCGCUGUAUGGCACCUGCACGAGCCCAGCGGGCAUCUCCUCUGCGGCGAGCACGCUGAGGAGUCCGGCGGGUAUGCGUGCAUGUCUGUCGACCUCGAGCACGGCGGCAAGCGCGUCGCGCGCUACCUGGGACACGGCGGCGAAGUCGAGCGGUUCGCAACGAGCCAGGGAGACCCAAACGUGUUCCUCACGGCGGGAAGCGAUGGGUACGCAAGGCUGUUCGACGUGCGCCGGCCACUGCCGGUGCUCACGUUCAACACGGGUCUGCAACGCGAGGCAUGCAACGACGUCGUGCUCGUGCACCCUGACGGUAUCCCAACCCUGUUCACUGCGGGCGACAUCACGCAGCAGGUGAAGACGUGGGACAUCCGCGCCGAAGAGUGCGUGUACGAGCUCUCGACGGGAAACAACGCGGUCGCAGGUCUCGCAUGGGACGACACGCGCUCCUCGCUCUACGUCGCGACGGAGUGCCGGUAUGUCAACCGGAUGGGCGUCCGCACGGGGUACCGCCGAGCGCGCAUCCCGCGAUGGGCGACGUGGGCCGCCGUCGAGAAGGAGUACAAGGCGCACAAGGAGGCAGCACGGAACGGGGUGGUCCAGGAGGAGUAUGGCGGGAAUGACUAUCCGGAUGUGUACGAUGCGUAUUCGUACCUGGACGAGGACGGAGACGGGACGGAUGAGGAGAGCGACGACGAGGCGGACGAGGACGAUGUCGACGAGGCAUACUCGGCAGAUAUGCGUUGGCCGACGAAGUGCUUCCAUAAGGAGAGCUUCUUCGGGUACGCGUAUGACGCGGGAGAACACACACUUCUCCGUUGGCAUUUUAAGGAUACCCCAGACAUCACCCAGCUCCCUGCGAGCACUAGCGCCGACUAGGCUUAUACCCCCUCUCCCCGACUUAGACCUUGACCUCGACCUACAAUCACUGCUACUUUCCACGACCCCUCAUUGGCGAUAAUGGAACACUUGCGACACAUA